AUGCCCACCAAUGCAUCCCCCGACGCGGAUCCGCUUCCUUCCACCGCAAAUGCCACAACCCACAACGGACCCAGAAGCGGACAGACGGCGGAGGGUGACUUUCCGCCGGAAGAAUCAAAUAUAUGGACCACAAAGGAAAUGCGCGUGUUGAAAAAGCAUGUACAGCCCUACAAAGAUACAUCAAAGUCAUCCAAAGCAGACUACAUACAGAACACUGUCAUACCUGAGCUGCAAGCUACAUGGGAUCACAGAUACUCUAGACGUGCUAGGAAGGAAGAUAAGCAACUACACAAAGAAUGGAAGGUGAAGAAGCAUACGGUAUUCCGUGAGGAGAAGUCGGCAGAGAUUGACUCCGAGGUUGCACUUCUAUCAGGGAAUGCUGCUCGUGGAAGUAAAGAUUGGAUGAAGUUUUAUCAACAAGGACGUAAGCAGGUUGAGGCCAGAUUGACUCAGGAGGAGUGGGACAGGUUCAUGGAGAUCCUUGAGGAAUGGAAUAAGAAAGGUGUUUCAAAAUCAAUGAAGGCAAAGACUGCUGCCAGGCAAGGCAGAAAAAUACUUCGACAAAUGGAGAAACUUAAGUGGCAGAGAAUGGGUAUGAGGUCCAUUACCUUUGAGGGGCAUUAUGAUAUUGAGGGUAAAAUUGAAUACUCAAUGACCCAGACAAGCAAUCUAGCACUCGACAAUGUCAGAAUUCCUUCCUUUGGGCAACUCUUUCCAUCCGAGUUGGCCGCUUUUCGCAGAGCGUUUGUUCAAUACCUCGUCCACAUUUCAGAAAUAGAGAAGGGUGUGGCCAAUCCAGCACUGCCAGAUGCAUCGUUUCAUGAAAAAUCCCUCAAGUUUAGCAGCAAUGGAUUUCCAAUAGUACCUAGUCCUAUCUAUGGCUCAACUGGGAGAGAAGUCGCUUAUGCGCAAAAGUCAAUUAUUAGAAUUUACAUGAACAAGGUUUAUGCUUUAGCCAAGGAUAGGCCUGGUUCAAGUGUUCCUUGGGAUGCUCUUGAAAGGCGUUCUGCAGAAAUGAUUGAUCCAGAGUAUUGGCCAAGUUCAAUCCCCGUGACGGAUCUGAGCCGGCUCCGCCUGGAGUCAACUUCUGCAAUUCUCAAGCUAUGGAGGGACCGUCAAGCGCAAGGAGACAUCCCCUUUAAAUUCUCAAAGGUUUUUGGAAAUGGCUAUGACAUUAUGGAACCUCUCUAUCCGUCCAACUUGUUUGACGGCCUAGAAGCCCACCCGAUACCUCCACCUCCUGCAGCCAUAACCAAACGUCGGCUGAGGCAAAAAGCUAUACGACUUCAAACCCAAUCUUCAAGCGACUCUGAAUCAUCCAAUCUGUCAGAGUUUGAUAAUGGACGGGGCAGUCCGGCAUCCGCGAUGCCACGCACUACUGCCAGAUUUGAAGUCACACCAGAGACGGAUGAGACUCCUACCGACGCACCUUCAAGAUCUAGCAAGCCACCCUCUCUACCAAGUAGAUCCAGCCCAACAAUUGUCAAUCCAUCAUCCAGCCCAACUCCAGAGGUUGAGGAGGCGCCUCCCAAGCCAGCUAGAAAGAUUAUGCCAAGAAAAAGAACAAAGCCAUAUGUCGGAACGGCGGAAAUGGACGGACCCAAUGAAGAGAGUUCUGUACCCCCCCCAGUUAAGCCAAAACCAACUAGAAGGAUUCAACCUAGGAAAAGAACAAAGCCCUACUCAGAUCCACUUGACACAGUGGAAGAAGAUGGAGUCCAAACAGGAACAACCCAAGACACGGAUAAUACACGGGCCGGCAGGGACCCUCAUUCUUGA